AGAUAAAAAGUCCUGUCUGCUUGUCACAAUGCUGAGAGAUGUGAAGGGAUUCCGAGACAAGUAGAGGAGAAGACGUGCUGUCUGCUGUGGAGUUUUAUUUUUAGCCCUUUUUGGUGCUAAAUGCUUGCACAUGGACACCUAAACGCUACGCCUGAGUGUUGAUGGACACCUGCUGGCAUCGAACCCGCAACUUUUUAGCCGCACAAUGGCCAAUAAAACGCUCGGACACUAAAACAGCCCGUAUCACCCUUAGAGUAUGGAUUAUUGUACGCUUCAUAAAUCAAUUUACCAACUUUUCGCAAGGAAUGGAUUUCAUUCAGUGGAAACUGAUAUCUUUCUUAUUAUGACUUUCAUCUUUACGCGUGUUUUAGACCUACAUCUGGCAGUUUAGUUUUAUCUUUGACACGUUUCUAUUAAGAUUUGUGCAUUCUCCGUACAUUUAAAGAGUUGUAGCCUGAAAUCUCGUCGGCUCUCAUGGGACUGAGGCACUCGUCGCGGUGUUUGCUGCUGCGGCGGAAGAUGGCGGAGGCGGACAACUCGGAGCAGAGGCAACAGCCGGUCACAUCCCCACACUCUCAGUCGGCCCAGCCCUCCCCACUGCCUAAACCAGUGCCUACUGGCCACCAUGUGCCCUGCGGCCCCCACGCACCUCAUGUAGCAUCCCUGGCCACUUGUCCCGGUCGAGGCAAGAUUGCCAAGUUCCUGAGCCCGGAGGAAAUGACAUCACGGGACUACUACUUUGACUCCUAUGCCCACUUUGGCAUCCAUGAGGAGAUGCUGAAGGACGAGGUACGGACGCUGACCUACAGGAACGCCAUGUACCACAACAAGCAUGUGUUCAAAAAUAAAAUCGUCCUGGAUGUCGGUAGCGGAACGGGGAUCCUCUGUAUGUUUGCCGCAAAUGCCGGCGCCAAACACGUAUACGGGAUUGAAUGCUCAAGCAUAUCAGAAUAUUCAGAGAAGAUCAUAAAGUCGAAUCACCUACACAAUGUCAUCACCAUCUUCAAGGGAAAAGUGGAGGAGGUGGAGCUGCCUGUGGAGAAGGUGGACAUCAUCAUCUCCGAGUGGAUGGGCUACUGCCUCUUCUACGAGUCCAUGCUCAACACCGUCAUCUUCGCCAGGGACAAGUGGCUGAAACCCGGAGGCCUGAUGUUUCCCGACAGGGCGACUCUCUACGUGGUAGCCAUCGAAGACCGGCAGUACAAGGACUUCAAGAUUCAUUGGUGGGAAAACGUGUAUGGGUUCGACAUGAGCUGCAUUCGCAACGUGGCCAUCAAAGAGCCUCUGGUGGAUAUGGUGGAUUCCAAGCAGGUGGUGACUAACGCCUGCCUCCUAAAGGAAGUAGACAUCUACACCGUGAAGCCGGAGGAUCUGUCCUUCACCUCGGCCUUCUGUCUGCAGAUCCAGCGCAAUGAUUACAUCCACGCCCUAGUCACCUAUUUCAACAUCGAGUUCACCAAGUGUCACAAGAAGACUGGCUUCUCCACAGCUCCAGAUGCUGCCACCACACACUGGAAGCAGACAGUGUUUUACCUAGAGGACUACUUGACUGUCAAGAAGGGAGAGGAGAUUUUUGGCAGUAUCGCUGUCAGGCCUAAUGAGAAGAAUGUGCGUGACCUGGAGUUCACCCUGGAGCUGGACUUUAAAGGACAGCUCUGUGAGGCCGCCAUUUCCCACGACUAUAAAAUGCGUUGACCAACCGACUACCCUCAGCACCCCCUGCCUCCCCACAGACUCGGAGAGGGGGACAACACACUCGCCAACACCGAUUCCCGCUGGCCAGCCAGGGCGAACACACGCAUCUGAUUGGAUGCAGUCAUGCCAGCGCCCAAGUGAUGUCAUCAGAACAGUAUCUCUCAGCAAUAGUGCCGUCAGCCGUACCAACUUGAUAAGCUCGGGCACAUUGAAUGUAACAUCCUAACUGAACUUGAUUCUUUUUUGGGAUAUUAUUUUAGGUAUAAGAUAAAAAAACAUGUGAGUGUUUCUGUAGUUAGUGCAGCAACAGUUUUUAGGGUUACUGAUUUAUUAUGGCGUGUGUAUUUGUAUAGAAAGUGCAGCAAACAGUUGUUUUAUUUCGUUUGUGUUGUUUUGCAAGUGAGAGAUGUUUGUUUCAAUCAUUUCGGAAAGGUGCUAAAUGUAAUUUUCUUUAUUUCUUUGAUUAAGGAUAGUUCAGAGUCAAAUGUACUUUGGUGCCAGAAUAAAACAGAACACAGAAUGGUCAAAAACAGAGAUGCAAUAUGUCAUGUACCACUCUGAUUAGAUCAGACGAACAAAGACACAAAAAGAAGGACGACACAAAUAAUAAAAGAAUCUGAUAUUU